AUGAUGAUGAAAUUAAUUUUGACCAUCGCACUUUUCGUGUCUAUAACGUUCGCCACGCCUUAUUCCUUCAGUGGACAUAGGAAUAAGAUAGCCCCUCUGUUUUCCCCCGGUGACAAGAAUGUUGUUCCCGGGCAGUACAUCGUGGUCUUCAAGGAACAUGUCGCAUCCACAACAAUCGAUGAUCAUAUUUUUCACGUCAAUAACUUAAUCGUGAAGGGAGCUAGUACUCAAGAAAAUCAUGGUAUUCGACGAAGAUUCAAUAUUGAAAAACUAAAAGGAUAUUCCGGCAGAUUUUCCUAUGAUAUCUUGAAUAUCAUCAGGCAUUUGGACGAGGUAGAGUAUGUUGAACAAGAUCAAUAUGUGUUUGCUUCCGAGACUCAGGAAUACGCCCCUUGGGGUAUUUCUCGUAUCUCGCAUCGCUACAAUUGGGAGGAGGGACACAAAGACACCUACCAUUACGAAUACGACUCCGGCGAGGGAGUGAAUGUUUAUGUCAUUGACACCGGUGUGAGGAUUGAUCACAUCGAGUUUGACGGACGUGCCUCAUGGGGUGGGUCCUUCUCUGAGAGCGACCCGACCGAGUUAGACGGCGAUGGUCAUGGUACCCAUGUCGCCGGUAUUAUCGCCGGAAGACAUGUUGGUGUUGCCAAGGACGCGAAGAUUGUGGCCGUUAAGGUUUUGGAUUCCAACGGUAUGGGAACCUGGUCGGAUGUCAUUCUCGGUAUAGAUUAUGUUGUCACUAGGCAUAAUGAACAGGUCGAAGAGUUAAAAUCCAAUUUCACCGGCUCUGUCAUAAACAUGAGUUUGGGAGGCGGGUAUAGUCCGGCUGUAAAUUUUGCCACUACCGAGGCAUAUAGAGCUGGCAUUUGUGUUGUCGUGGCCGCUGGUAACGAACGUACAGAUGCGUGCGGUUCCUCACCCGCUUCCGCCGAAGGUGCCAUCACUGUUGGAGCAAGCACAGUUGACGAUUAUUUCGCCUGGUUUUCCAACUAUGGACCCUGCGUUGACGUCUUUGCGCCCGUGAGAACCUCGAUGGCGUCUCCUCAUGUGGCAGGUUUGAGCGCAUACUUCCUGUCAUCUUACCCCGGAUCAUCACCAAAAUUUAUUAAGGAGCUCAUUGUUGGCUGGGCUACACUCGACGUUCUGAAAGACAUUCCAAAAUCCAGUGCUAAUCUGUUAGCAUACAAUCAUAUUUGUCAUCAUAAGGAUGAAUGUUCAGAGUCUGAUGAUGAGUCUAAGUUUAGAAAUCAACAGUAUUUGAACAAGUUUAUGUGA